AAGUAAAGGACGAAUGAACAUAUUUUCUUCCUUUCAUGGGUAUUUCGUGUCGGAGUCGACAAAAAUAGACACUUCCAUUGGAAGUAGCAUACAGCCGUCCCUAAUACGAAGAUGGCCACCGCGGAUUUAGUUUGUUUACCGUGCGUAGGCUGUAUAUAUUGGUAGGGACCCGGCUUGCUGAUCACCUUUCCGGGCAGCUCAACUUCGGGCUACUGUGAACCCAACAUAACCGUUCAGAUGCCCCUCUCGCUAAGCGGUAGUCAUAAGUCACGUUCUCCGCGAAACAAUAAAAAACAAAGUAUUUGUACAAGUUGUGUUUGAACAGAUGUUGAUAAAAUAGAUAAAAAAAUGGUAUUUAAGCGCAAGAACAUUUUAUUUUUCAAUAUAUUCUUCCCUAAAGUCGAAGGAGACUCACCCGUUACAAACAUGUCUCGUUUCUUUGUCAUGUUCUGCCUCGCUUCAUUCCUCGUUGCGCUGUCAGCAUCCAUGCCUGACAGUGACAUUCAGGCUAGCAGUGUGAAAGCUGGCCAGUGCCCUCCUAAUGAUGUCAUAUCAAUCUGUAUGAUAGAUGGAUCAGAGUGCUACAGCGACAGCGAGUGCCCUGACUCCUCUAAAUGCUGUGAGUGGGGCUGUGCGCGUAAAUGUGUCCCUGCUGUUUGAACUAAUUGAACCCUGCUCGAGAUUGUAUUGACAAACCUAAAUAGAUUUUGCUUGUUGUUUUUCGGUUUCAGAACGUUUUGAUAUUCAUUAAAAUAAAAUUAAUUAUCAUGA